CGUUUUUUCUUAGAAAUCCUAAAACACGGACAAGUACCUAAUUAAAAUAAGAAUUGGAUUGCAUGAGUAGUGCAUAAUGAGUGAGCGAUGACUAUUCAUGCGAAUCUGCAUAUCUCAGUACUUCAGAUGCGUAUCUGAUAUAUCCAAAAGUAUGUAAUGUCAGUAGUCAAUACUCUUAUAGGAUUAUUUUUUCAAAUAAAUACUCGUACCACCGAAAAAAAAAUCUAUUUCAAUCACCAAAAAUGAUUAAAAUAAUAUUGCUAGCGUUCGUAAUCGGGGUCGCCCAUUGUCGAGUGAAAUGUCCACCAACAGAUCCCAAACGCCCUAUUUACCUUCCUGACGACACGUACUGUGGAAAAUUCUACGAAUGCUCCGAUGGAAUUGCCUUUGAAUUCGACUGCGCUCCUGGAACUUACUACAACAUAGAACAAGGGAUUUGCAAUUACGACGUAGAUUGCGGCAAUCGACUUUUGUCUACGCGUCCUCCACAUCCCACACAUCCCACACAUCACCCACACCCAACUCAUCCACCACAUUCGACAAAAUCCCCUUCAACUUCUUCAGAACCUACGACAGCUCCCCCUUCAACUUCUUCAGAACCUACGACAGCUCCCCCUUCAACUUCUUCAGAACCUCCGACAGCUCCCCCAUCAUCUUCAAUUCGUGCUGUAGGAUCUUCACAUUCUACGCACCCAUCCCAUCCAACAUACUCCACUGUAACCGCACCAGAACCUACGUCAGCUCCCCCAUCAUCUUCAAUUCGUGCUGUAGGAUCUUCACAUUCUACGCACCCAUCUCAUCCCACACAUCCAACGCACCCAUCCCAUUCAACAGACUCCACUGUAACCGCACCAGAACCUGAUACUACAGAAACCUCAACUGGUCCCACAGAAGCUUCUACAGAAACCUCAACUGGUCGCACAGAAGCUUCUACAGAAACCUCAACUGGUCGCACAGAAGCUUCUACAGAAACCUCAACUGGUCGCACAGAAGCUUCUACAGAAACCUCAACUGGUCGCACAGAAGCUUCUACAGAAACCUCAACUGGUCGCACAGAAGCUUCUACAGAAACCUCAACUGGUCGCACAGAAGCUUCUACAGAAACCUCAACUGGUCGCACAGAAGCUUCUACAGAAACCUCAACUGGUCGCACGGAAGCAUCUACAGAACCUUCAACUUCGGGAUCUACACAUUCACAUCCCUCACAUCCUACCCAUCCCACACAUCCAGCACAUUCAACUUCUGCAUAA